AUGACGAAUUUGUCGAUCGUAAGUCCUUGUCGCCUUGAAUCACGGGCCUACCUUCAUUUCCUCCUCCUCUCUUUACCUCAAAACAUGUUUGCCCUCUUUUACCUCGUCUCAUUCGUCUUGGCUGCGCUCGCGCUCGCCGCCCCGGUCCCCCACGCCAAGCGCUUUGAUGGCAAGGCAACCUACUACGAAGCUGGUCUCGGCGCUUGUGGCGGCGUUAACACUGGCGCCGACAAGAUUGUCGCCCUUAAUGCACAGCAGUGGGACGGCGGUGCCCACUGUGGCAAGACGAUCACCAUCACCGAGGGAGGCAAGUCGGCCCAGGCGACCAUUGUCGAUCUCUGCCCCGGCUGCCCCUACGGCGCUCUCGACCUCAGCGAGAGCCUUUUCACAAACUUCCACGACACGGGCAAGGGUGUGUUCCAGCUGAGCUGGACAUUCAACGACGGCUCUGGCGGCGGCGGUAACAGCGACCCCAAACCAGCUCCCGAGGAGCCUAAGCCUACCCCGACCCCGACUCCAGAGCCUACUCCGACUCCCGCCCCGGCCCCCGAACAGCCCAAGACGACUGAGACGCCCUCGAGCGCCUCAGAGACCCCAUCGUCCUCGGCCGAUUCUCCCUCGGUCAGCGUCAGCUCGGCCCCCGUGAUCUCGAGCUCGGUCCUCUCCUCGAUCCUUUCCAACUCGACGACUGUGUCAUCGACCCUCUCUACAAACUCGACCCUGCUCGCAUCGAGCACGGCCAACUCGACCGCCCUUCUCCCCACCCCAUCCACCGCCGCCCCGGUGAGCGCUGGCGACGCCGCCAUCAUCAACGACAGCCCAAACCCAGAGGGCACUCUUGCCGAUCUUGGCGGGCUGGUGGCCUCACUUGGCCGGAUCGUCGUCCUUGGUGCGACCGCUUAG